AAAUUGAUGGAUUUUUAGUUUAUCUAUGUGUCAUUCGUCAUAAAUGAAAAUAGGCAUUGAGGUAAUCAACAAUAAAUGUUUAUAUAUUUUUAUCGUAAUUGGUACAAUGAUGAUUUUAUAUGACUGUUAUCGUAGAAAUACAUAACUUAAAAUGGUCAGCUUAUCUCGGAGUUUUAAUACAAAUUCAGGAGGUGCUACAUUUUUCAGCGAAUCUGUAAAUAUGGAUGAUAGAGAACAUCUCCAACCAAUUUUAGACUCGUACGGUGUAUUUAAACCUAUAAGAACGAUUCCGUUGUUUGGUAUUCAUUUAAUAUUCUCGUGUGCUUUGACUAUCAUAGCUAUUUGUUAUGCUGCAAUUCAUCCAGACGAGAAAAGUAAAUGUAGAGAAUAUUUUGUAAUAAUAUAUUUACACAUUGGUUUAUGGUUUUUAACUCUUAUAAUCGAUCGCCUUGUAAAAUGUCACCAUCAUAAUUUAAAAAUAAACGGUUAUUUAGAUUUUUACCAACAAACGCAAUUGCACAUAAGUUUACCAUUCUAUGUAGUAAGUUUAUGGAGUGUCACCUUAAUGUUUCUACAAGCACUUAUGCAACAUUUCUACCCCGACGAUUUUGCUGAGAAAUGUAUUAAAGGAGGCAGCUUAUCUCCAAUAUCGUAUCUUUGUGCUAUUAUUACCUUGGAAUUCUGUGUUAUAGCUGGGAUUAAUAUCAAUUACAUUGCUAAAGUAAUAAAUUUUAACAAACAGAAACCUCUACCUGAUGUUCAAAGAGAGGAAUGGACUAGUACUACUUCACCUGAUUCUUUGGCUCAAAGUGAAGUUGGCUACAGACAACUGGGAGACAAAGUAUAUGAUUUGUUAGAUAAACAGGCAAAGUAUAUAAAUUUCCUUAAGGAGCAUAACGAAAGAUUGGGUGAAAAAACAAUGAUACUGAAUGCCCAACUACAACAACUUCGAGCACAAAGAAAUCAAAACUAAAUAGACAUUUUCCUAGUGAUAUAGAAGCAUUUUGUUAUCAUUAAAUAUUAUUUUUAUACCAAUAAUUUUUAUUUAACUUGUUAACUUUAAAUAACAAUGCUCUAAUCCAAACUUACUAUUACCGUUAUAUACGCAGUGGUAAAUAUUAAUUUCUAGGACUAAUAGUCCUAAAAUGGAGAUACUUCUUUCACGUGAACUUUUUUUUAAACUGAAUAAAGGGGGUACAACCCUAUGGACUUUGAAUUUUUUGUGUGAUUAUAAGGAUUAAAGUUUGAUGAAAAUAUUUUGAAAUUCAUUUUCUAUGAUUUUACUAUGGAACUAAUUAUACAGGGUAGGAUAAAUAGUGAAAUAACAUGUUAAUCCCCAAAUAAAGAAUAAUUAAUCACUCCAAAGGAUUGAAUGUCUCUUAUUAUUGAAUUUAAAAAUAAAUGCAUAGAGAACUAUUCUUAUUUUAUAUUAUUCUGGACCAGCUUGUAUAUAAUGGUGAUAAUCAAUAAUCAUUGUCAUUCUUCGAUAUACAUACUUAUACUUGAAAAUGUCUCUUAAGUAGCAUUUAAGCAGGCUUAAAUUACUUUAGACUGAUAUUUUCUCAAGUUUUUUUUAUUUAGGAACAAAAUCGCCUACUAUUCAAAGUUAAAAGUCACUUAACACGUUAACUGCCGUGAAGUAAAUGGGUUGGAAUAAUUGUGCCAAGUGAAAGAAUAGUGGGUAUCAUAUAAUGUAGUUUUCGACAUUCUUUAGUCUAAUUAUGGAAUUGUGAUCAAUAAUAUUUCAAAUAUCCUUGUUCAUAAUAUGUAUUUUUCGAUUAACGAAAUUAAAUCAAAAUUACAGGUGAUGGAAUUGAAAUUGUUUGAUUUGCGUUUACAUUGAUCAAAUACUAGAUCUGAUGGUUUUGUUGUGGUAUCUCAGAGUUAUGUGCCUUCAGAGUUGUAAUUACAUAAAUUUAGUGAAUAAUUGAAACUAUUUUUUGGUUAGGUAAAAAAAAUGAAUUUAAUCAUUCAAAAUGGUAAAAAAGUGAAGGUUCUUUUUUGAAUUUUUGAUGUUCGGUGAGAAAAGGUUAUUAGAAGAGGAAAUUUGUUGGGAAGUCUCAAUAAUGUAUUUUGUAAAUAAAUAACUUUGAAAUCAUAAUUAAACUAUAUAGAAUACUACUGUGUAACAUUAUUUUUGCUAAUAUAAACGUAUAAAAGUAA